GUCUGCGAGCGACGCGCAUACUUGUUUGUAGUAAAAAUUAACAUCAGGACUCACUUUGUCCAUUGAUACUAAGUACAAUUCAUUAUGUGUACGUUUAUUCUGAGGAUAUAUUUAAUAGUUGCUGUAAUACAAGUUUUACAGGCGACAAAAGAAAAUGUUUCUAGAGUUAAACGGCAUGGAGAAGGGUGGGAUUGGAGUUAUAUUGAUUCACUUGACACAACGCCUUCUAUAACCGUUAACCAGAGAUUAUUAGCACCCACAACAACAACAACAACCACAACAACCACAACAACAGCGGCUCCGUGUCUUGAACCACCAUCCGUUCAACCAAACUUCCACGCUCCUGGCCGCAGAAUAAGCACAACAAAAUGCUAUGAAUACAUCUGGCAGUUAAAAGAUCGAAUAGAUCAAAUAAAAAAGGAUGAAAGAUGUGCAAACUACCGACGCAAGUUUUGGGGAAAUCGCUUUGUAAUCGGAGGUCGGGUUACAGAACCCGGGGAAUUUCCACACAUGGGUGCUAUAGGUUGGAGAGGUGUCACUGAAACAUGGUUAUUUAAUUGUGGGAGCACCCUUAUUAGCCCCAACUUCGUGCUAACUGCUGGUCAUUGUAUAAAAGCAUCUCCCAGGGAUACCAGAAUUGCAGAUAUAGUUCCAAAAAUUAUAAGAUUUGGUGUUAAGAACCUUAAAGAUACCAGUGAUUCUACUGACAGAAAUAUCUCUAGAAUCAUACCUCAUCCUCAAUACAAACCACCGAAACAAUAUUUUGAUAUCGCUUUGAUGGAAAUUGAAAGUCCAGUAGACUUCAGUAAGGUGAUACAACCGGCUUGUCUAUGGAGCAGUAACCAUGAAAGUUUUGGAUCAAAAGCCACAGUCACUGGGUGGGGCGUUUAUAGAAACGGUAACCGUGACACAUCGGACGAACUGCAAGCUGGUGAUAUAAACAUAAUAGACUCUAGUAACUGCAACCAGCUGUUAAAAUCCUCAACCAACAGACAUUGGGUUGGAUUUUUGGACAAUCAGCUCUGCGCUGGGAAACUAGAUGGUGGUAUCGACGCCUGUCAGGGUGAUUCAGGAGGACCGUUGCAAGUAAAGAUUCCAUUACCAGAACCAUACGAUAAACGUGAGGGGACUGUACAUUACGUCGUUGGAAUCACGUCGUUUGGCAUUGGCUGCGCUCUUCCGAACUUACCCGGAGUAUAUACCAGAGUGUCUAGCUUUACCGAUUGGAUCGAAAGUAUUGUUUGGAAUCAAUAAAAUAUAUCUUGAAA